AUGCCUCCUCCGGUGCAACUGGGCACGAUGCCUAUCAGCAAGCCUACUAUAGGCGAAAACGGCUACCAGGGUUUCAACCCCCAUUCCGAGGUCCUUCACAAGGGUUGGAACGGCCACAACGCCCGCCCUUUGCCGUGCGACAUCAUUGUUGACCACGACGUCGGCAUCAAAGUUCGUGACGGUUGCACCCUCUAUUGCGACGUCUACCGGCCCGUACCUUCCGGCCCUGACGAGAAGGUGUCUGCAAUCGUAGCGUGGAGUCCCUUUGGCAAGAAACUCAACGGCAUUCAUGUGAUGAAAACGCUUCCCUGGGGUAUUGGAAUUCCUCCGGAUACGACGAGUGGUUUGGAGCGCUUUGAAGGUCCUGACCCGGCUGAAUACGUCUCUCGAGGCUUCGCAGUUGUCAAUGUCGAUGCCCGCGGAGUUGGCGACUCUGAGGGGUCAGUUGUGAUCAUGGGGACUCAGGAAGGAGAAGACGGAUACGAUGUGAUUGAAGGGAUUGCAAAGCUGCCCUGGUGUUCUGGCAACGUUGGUCUUGCUGGUAAUUCCCACCUUGGCAUUGUUCAGUGGUUCAUUGCCGCCUUGAGGCCCCCUUCUCUGAAGGCGAUUGCUCCCUGGGAAGCUGCCGGAGAUCUAUACCGAGAACAAUUCGCUCGGGGAGGUGUCUGGGAUAGUGCUCUGUUCGAUACCAUCACUGCACAUGUCAUCAAGGGGAAUGGUGGACUUGAACAUUUCGCCGAAAUGUACCGGCGCAGUCCUCUCCAAAACAACUACUGGAAGGACAAGCGUGCCGAUAUCAAGAAUGUCAAUAUACCAACCUACAUUGUGGCAUCUUACUCUACAUUCGUUCACACGAUGGGCUCAAUCCGCGGUUGGUUAGACGUGGACACGACGGACAAGUGGCUCAGAUGGGACCCCUAUCAGGAGUGGUUCGACUUGUGGACCGUCAAGGAGUCUCGAGAUGAGCUUGCGGAUUUCUUCGACAAGUUCCUCAACGGCAAGGACAAUGGAUUUGAAAAGGUUCCUCGGGUUCGUCUGGCCCUGCUCAGAUUCGGGGAUAAUGACCCGAUUUACCCUAUUGUGGAGGAAGACUACCCGAUCCCGUGGACACAGUAUACCGAGUUCUUCCUAAGCACUGACCAGAAACUUUCCUUGGAGGCGCCUAAGGAAAGAAACACUGUAUCCUAUUUCUCGGAGGUCAGGAACAACGGCUUCGAGAAAGUCUCGUUUACACACACUUUCUCUGAAAAAACGAGGCUGGCUGGCAUGCCCAAGGCUGUCCUUUACCUGUCUACCAAUGACUCGGAUGAUAUGAACAUCUACGUUCUCAUUCGGAAACUGGACCGCAACGGAAAGCCCUUGCUCAAUUUGAAUAUCCCCUGGAGCCAUGCGCCGAUCAAGUCAUUUGACGAGCUAGACCGCAAAGAUCAUCACAACCUCUUGUUCUAUUUCGGCCCACUUGGCAUCCUCAGGGCGUCCCGUCGCCAUAUCGACCCGAGCAUGAGCAUACAUCCCCAAUACCCAUUCCACACUCAUGACCGAGAGGAGAAACUCAGCAAAGGCGAGGUCGUCGAGCUUGAGAUUGGUUUGUGGGCUAUGGGUAUUGAAUACGAGGCGGGAGAAGGUAUUAGUGUCGAAAUACAAGGGCAAUACCCCCUCUUCAAGGAUUAUGCAGCCCUCGAGCAGCCCAAGCCAAUUCCAGGAGAGGAAAAUGUAGGGAACCAUAUUGUUCAUUUUGGUGGGCAGUACCCCAGUCGCAUCAUCCUUCCCGUGGUCUGA